AUGGAGGUGAUGGCAGCCGACAAGAGCAGUGAAGCCUCUGGGCAGAAAAGAAUGGAGCGAAUGGAACAUGGACUUGUCCCUCACACUCCAGAGCUCUGUCAGCACAUGAGUCCCGAUCCGAAUGCCCUGGAGGGAGUCAUCAUUGAGAGAAGCCCCAGUGACAGUCCACAGACAAAUGAAUUGAAAGGAGCAACCGAGGAGACACUUACGAAUGAAACCCCACACAGCACUGAAUGUAAAGGAGCAGACCUGUUGUCACCUGUCAGUAAAAGGUGAGUUAUCAAUCCAUAAAGACACACGUAUGCAUAAGUGUGCUUAGAGCUAUACACACACACAAGCACGGACACAAAUAGAUCCAUCUAUCUCCAUCCGUACACACUUCUGUCAACACAUUUACACAAACAAACCCACGCACCCAAUGGAAACAGAAAACACGGAGACAGACGGACAUUUGUGGAAUUUACUCUCAGGAGCCUGCAUGGCCACACAGUGUUUUUAACAGGGUUUCCAAUUCUUCUCAUUGUAGCAUUUGUAGGUAACUUUGCAUCCUUUUUAGAUGGAGUUGUAUAAGGAAGUCAGUUCAUAGGAGAACUGCUUCUUCCUGUUAGUGUAUUUGUCACCCUCAAUUUCUGGUAGGCAAUUUUUUAAGGGAUUCAGGUUUCCUGAGUUUGAGACCCUACCAUAGUGUGCCAAGAAAGGAGAGAAUCCUAUUUGCAACGUGGAGGAGAUAGCAGCCAAUAAGGAGUAGUGAAGCCCUGGGAAAAAAAGAAGGGAGCUAAUGGAAUGUGGACUUGUCCCACACCCUCGAGAGCUCUAUCCACAUGUGAGGUUGGUGCCCAGACCCAACCCAAACCCACCACCUCGUUGGAUGCCGCUUUCCUUAGGUGCGCGGGUACUUCACUGUGUCUCAUGGGCAGGAAAGACUAGCACGAUCAAUGAAAGGAAGGAGGUGGUGGAGAGUUUUCCCAGUCAUGUGAAAACUUCUCCUAGAAAUAAAUCAUAAAGGUGUAAGUAAUAUGGAAAACCUGAUUCAAGUUAAUUGUAGUGUAAUGCUCAAGAAAAUAUGCAAAAUGAAUGAGAUUUUACAGAAGGAAUAAAAGGAUUGUGUUUAAUCAGUGACUGAUUAAGGAAACAUCUAGGUGAGAAUUCUGUAGUUGCUCAUUAAGCAAUAGUAUGUGAGUUUUGUAUGUAGUAUUGAUUUUUAAGCCAAUAAAUAAAUCUUUAAAAGAUUUAUUAGACGUCCUUAUUUUAUAGGACGUUGGAGGCAUGGGUAAAUUAAAAUGCAUUUCUAUUAUUAUUUUUUGAGACGAAGUCUUACUGCUGCCCAAGCUGGAGCACAGUGUCA